CGGUUUUUCUGAGAACCUGCGUAUCAUCCACGGUGCUGCGAGCGCACCACUCGCUUCCGUAUCAUUCGUGACGAGCUCUCGAAAGUUGCAUAUGGUUGCACGGUUGUUUUGUUGCCGCCGCGAGCGAUGAUACGUCUAAACAUUAGAGCGAACUCGUUGAUGGUUUAACGUCGGGCCGAGGUGAAAAAAUGGGAAAUCAAGCGUCGCGUGGUGCACACGCAGCCACCAAGAAGACUGAUACAGUCGCGAACGCCGGCGACACAGCGAACGCGAAUAGCCUUUCAAAAAGUUCUUCAGGAACCGAGCUAGAAAGCAAUUCGCACAUGCAAUUCUUCCCAAUCGAGAGUCUGGCGAAGACUCUGUCCCAUUUGAGCCACGAAGAGGAACAUGUGCACGGCAUCACGAAAUCUGUGUUUCAACGGUACCUCUUUCCAAAUUAUCCAGAUCUGGGUGACAAGCUGUUCGAUUAUCUCUACUGUUCUGCCAACGUGAACACUUCGCAUCUGAGCGCGAAUGCUUUCAAGCAACAAGCCGAAAAGUUCCUCUCAGUAAUGAAUGAUCACAUUGUACUAGAAAAUUAUGUUAAAUUAUAUUCGAACGUGAAAGGGGACGGUGGCAUGAGCCCUGAAGGAUUGAAGGCCUUAUUGAACAUGUCUUAUAAGAUCGCUGUGGACAGCACCGGUGCUCCUUCUUGCCUGUACGCGGAUCUGAUCAUGGACGCGGCCGUAUCGUCAUGUUUUCACGGGAAAUACGCGUUGUCCGUGAGUUACGUGAGCAACUGGAUCUGGCAGCAUUGUCCACGAGUGAUAUACGGCCCCCAUCGCUACGUGAUACACGUACUCACGACCGCGUACCGAAACGGCAAGGCUCUGUUGUCCAAGGAACAACCGCAACCGCAUUUGGAGAUACCCACGCCAAUAUUGGAGCAGCCGGAGUCCAUAGACUUCUCUCAGUCCUUACUGCCUGCCAGCUACGUAUGGCUGCUAUCCAGCACAUUACCUCAAUGUUAUCUUCAGGUAGAUGAUUCGCCGACGGAUACUCCCCAUGCGCUGAUGGCCAAACGAAUGGGCAACGUGUACCCGAGACAUUGGACUUUGUUGUACCACAGCUCGGAACACGGCACAGGUGCUAAUCGUUUUCUCCAUCACGUGUUAGGAUACCGGGGUCCCACUCUUCUGUUCAUAAAGGCUAUUAGCCCUGAUAAAAGUACCGUGGCUCCCACGUACUGUAUAUGCUCAUCGUUGGAAUGGCGCGAGAGCCAUUUGUAUUGGGGUGACGAGGACUCGAUGGCCAUCGAGCUGUUCCCAUCGUACAAGGUGAUCGAAAAGGGGCCCAAAGUGUUGUACUUGAACACUAGUAUCAGGGGCUAUCCUCACGGGUUGCGGUUCGGCAGCAAUCCACGCUCUCCGAACAUCAGCAUAGACGAAUCAUUCCAGUCGGUCAGUAUUUCAGGUGCACCUUACCCGAUCAGUAGCUUGGAAGUUUGGGGCUGCGGAAAUACGAAGUCAAGGGAACGUCAACUGGAGAUUAAGAAGUGGCAAGUGAAGGAAGCGGAGAGGCAGAGGAUCGUCAAGUUGAGCGCCAGUGAUUGGAUCGAUCAUCCGGAUCGCUACUUACUCGAGCUGGCGGGUAGGGCGUCCUAUAACGAAUCGAAUAAAUAGGCCUGAGAAAUACUGUGUUAUAGCACAAACGUUAAUUCAGGAUUUUUAGUAGGCUACUUUGUAUAUAUGUAUAUACCAUCAAGCGUAAUUUUUUUUCUUACUAUGUACUCAUGCUGUACGUGUAAGAUUGCAGCUAUGGUACUCGUUUUAUCUUCGACCGAAAACGAAUAUGUGUUUACCUGAUGCACAGAUUUUAAUUAACCGAUCAAUCAAUUUUAACAAAGUACGACAAAAAUUUAUUCAAUUACUGUAGUAUUUAAAGUGUAUCAUAGCAGAAAAGGAAAUGUUCCUUGUUAAUUUAUUUGAUAAAACGGUUACUUAAAAUUACUUAAAAACCCAAGUACUUAUCUUAAAGACCUGACGCAGUAUAUUUUUAAAUCCUAUCUCCAAGCUCAAUAAUAUUAAACGUAUUGUGAAAGUAUUGUUGAUGAGAAUAUGCUAUCUCAAAGUACGACGAUUAAAGAUUUACGCUAAAAAGAGAA